CAGAUAAAAUGGCGUCCAGGAAAUGUCUGUCUUUCACAUUAAAGGGCUGAUUAGAAUGGCUCCUAAGCGGUCAAGAAAGCCAGCUCAAGUCCAGAAUCAAGAGGAGUUAAGCAGGAUAUUACGAGGUCGCAAAAUUACUCUCUUCAUUCAGCAAGUUGAGAAAGAAGCGCAAGAGCGAAUGAAUGAACUGGAGAGCAGACUUGACAACUUAUUGGGAAAUAUCGACCAAGUGUUCAAAGUGGAGCUGAUGAAGUUGCCGCCCUCGAUUCGAAAGAUGCGCGUUGGGGAUUGGACUGAAGAAAUGUCAGCCAGCGAGGUGUCGUUAGCUGUGCAGCGGGAGUCCCCUGAGAUGAAGCAACUGACCCACAAGAGGGUGCCUAGCAGAAGAGGAAAAUCAGCUGAUCCAGCACCAGUUCAAUCCCUUUUGAUUCGAAAAAACUCUGGCAAGACAUCCAAGGGGGGCAAAGGAGCACGGGAAAGUAAGCCUACAACCGGCAGUAGUAGCACAGGAAAUCUGAGGGCAUCCACGACCGCCGUAGCAGGACGCCGCUUGACAAAGCCCAGCGACUUGUCAGCCAAACAGAAACUCAGGUCCGUGGUCUCCACGGGGGAUUUGGAAUGCUCAGUGGCUGGAUCUACAGCGCACAUCACCGUAACCACGGGGCGCGGACAGACCAUGUGCUUUUCCGAAGCGACCAAGGACCAAAUCAACUUCGACCUGUUGGACGACGUGGCGCUGUGUCGAGUGCAGGAACUUUCCAAACUGAUAGAAUACGUGUCGGGAAGAGGCCGUUGCCACAGAGGCAGGUAACGACCAAGCCUCAUCUUGCAAACGUCACACGAGCAAAUUCA